CAAAGAGAAAUCGUAUUUUCGCCAUUUUUUAUGCUGGUCACACUGACAUUCAGUUGCAAAUCAAUUUUGUGGUGUACGUUGUGUGGUCGUGGUCGUCUUGUUCCUGCGUUUCGCAUUACUUUAAAAUCUAACUAAACUCAUAAAAAAUGGCACCUCCAUCAUACAGCGAUUUGGGCAAACAGGCUCGCGACAUCUUCAGCAAAGGCUACAACUUUGGCCUGUGGAAGCUGGAUCUGAAGACCAAGACGUCGUCGGGCAUUGAAUUCAACACAGCGGGCCAUUCGAACCAGGAAUCAGGCAAGGUCUUCGGCUCUUUGGAGACGAAGUACAAGGUCAAGGAUUAUGGCUUAACCCUGACGGAGAAAUGGAACACAGACAACACUCUCUUCACUGAGGUGGCUGUACAGGAUCAGUUGCUCGAGGGCCUCAAGCUGUCGCUGGAAGGCAACUUCGCGCCACAGUCGGGCAACAAGAACGGCAAGUUCAAGGUUGCGUACGGUCAUGAGAAUGUCAAGGCCGAUUCGGAUGUCAAUAUUGACCUGAAGGGUCCCUUGAUCAAUGCCUCUGCCGUGCUGGGCUACCAGGGCUGGUUGGCCGGUUAUCAGACCGCAUUCGAUACACAACAGUCCAAGUUGACCACCAACAACUUUGCCCUCGGCUACUCCACCAAGGACUUUGUCCUGCACACAGCCGUGAAUGAUGGCCAGGAGUUCAGCGGCUCAAUCUUCCAACGCACUUCCGACAAACUGGAUGUGGGCGUUCAGCUGUCGUGGGCCAGCGGCACCAGCAACACCAAGUUCGCCAUUGGCGCCAAAUAUCAAUUGGACGAUGAUGCCAGCGUGCGCGCCAAGGUUAACAAUGCCAGCCAGGUUGGCUUGGGCUAUCAACAGAAGUUGCGUGAUGGCAUCACUUUGACGCUCUCCACGCUUGUCGAUGGCAAGAACUUCAAUGCCGGUGGCCACAAAAUCGGCGUUGGCCUCGAAUUGGAAGCCUAAGUUAGUUCAAGAUAAAUAGCUGAAUGCGCUGCCAGCAAUAUGCAUACAGUACUAAAUACACCCAACAACAAAAAUUAACAACAAAUAUAACAGCAAGAACAACAAGCAACAAAAAAGAAACAAAUUAAAAGUGUAACAACAAUAAAACACAACAAAAAUUAAUACACAAAACACAAAAGAAUCUUCAUGUUUAGCAAAGCAUUUGCCAACAAAUCGGCCCGGGAUCGGAGCUUGAUAUCGAUCGUUGGACGUAGUCUUGUUUAGUACAUAGCUAAAUACAUAUUUAUUGUUGGCAAACAGUGAAAUACAUAAUUUACCUAUUAAAACAAAACGAAAAAAAAACACAAA